AUGUUGACUUUAGUCAACUGCCACGUCCUAGCCAUCUAUGGCCAUGGUGUGGUCCUCAUAAAGAUAGUUGUGAUUUUCCCAGUUGCCAUGCCAUGGUGGCCUAAUGCCAUGCUGAGGGCACUAGUGAGGCAGGUUGCAAGCAUUCAUUUUAAGAACUUCAUAGCAGAAAACAGGUCACCUCAUGAUCCAGAUGAACGAUCCAAGAUUUUGCCAAGUGAUAAGGAUUUGGUGAGGCAGAACAUCCUUGUUUUUGUAGAACAAGUCCCUACAUUGUUGAGGGAACAGUUGGGUGAGUGUCUCAAGACAAUCAUACAUGUUGAUUAUCCUGAGCAAUGGUCAGGUCUUUUGCAUUGGGUGACACUAAAAUUAUUACAUAUUGAAUUGCUUACAUUAUGUUCUUUGGCGUAUAGGGACUCCUCAUUGCAUGACUGUAAGAAAGCAUAUGAAGCUAAAGAUGUUGAGGUUCUUUCUGAAGCUAAGAAAAUAACUGGUGCUCCUGCUGAUACCACAUCACCUUCUAGUAUGUAG